GGUUUUAUCUAAAAGGCCUCAAUUCCAACUGCUUCAUCAAGAGCUUGCCUCCAUCAUUCAGACCCUUUCCAAUAUCCAUCAACAUCAUCAUUACCAGCAUCAUGAGCUCAAAGAAGUUAGAAAUCUCAAGAAAAGACUCAAAGAUGUAGCAGAAGAAGCACAAGAUAGAAUAGAUCUAUUUCUAUCUGCUGUAUCUGUGGACUUUAGAAACAGUGGACUUUCCCCUAGACCUGAUGUCUUUAAAACCACCCUGGAUCUAGAGAAUGUUAUGAGGUCCAUCGAUUCUAUCAAGGUGGAAUUCAUGACUGUCAACAUCGAUAAUAUGAAGAUGGGUUCGUCUCCAAGAAUCAAUGAUAGAAGUUCCACCAACAGAGGAAGUUGUUUAGGAACAAGGAAACCACUGGAAGAAAUUGUUGUGGGGCUUGAGCGUGAUGCUGAGAUCAUACGGGACAAACUUGCUGAAGAUACAAAGCAACUUAGUAUCGUCUCGAUUGUUGGUAUGGGCGGACUAGGUAAGACUACUUUGGCUACCAAACUGUUCAAUGAUCGUUUCUUUAAGUAUCAUUUCCAUAUCCGUGCAUGGGCCACUGUUUCUCAAACAUAUAUAAAACGGGAUGUAUUAAUUCAAAUUCUGGGAUCCAUGGGUGUUCAACAAGGCCUUGAUGAAGCUACUGACUCUCAACUUCGUGAAAAGUUGCACAAGAACCUAAUGGGUAAGAGAUAUUUGAUUGUGAUUGAUGAUAUCUGGAGCAUCGAGACUUGGGAUGAAUUGAACUUGUUUUUUCCCCGUGAGAACACCGGAAGUAGAAUUCUGCUUACAAGUCGCCUCAAUGAAGUUGCGUUGCAUGUAAAACCACACGGGUUUGUCCACUCCUUCAUCGGUUCAUACAUUGUUAAUGACCACAAAGGAAUCCUGGAAACACUAGCUUUAAGUUACCAUCAUUUACCUCAUCACUUGAGAGAGUGCUUUCUUUAUCUAGGAGGCUUCCCAGAAGACUUUGGGUUUGUUGUGGAAAAGUUGAUAUGGUUAUGGGUAGCUGAGGGGUUUAUUGAAGAAGCUGAAAAUCGAAGCUUGGAGGAUACUGCAAAGGCUUACCUUAUGGAUCUAAUCAACAGAAAUCUUGUAAUUACUGUAAAGAGGAAUGUAAUUGGUGAUGUAAAGGCUUGUAAUCUUCAUGAUCUUGUGAGGGAACUAUGCCUGCAGAAAGCAAAAGAAGAAGGAUUCUUCCUUAAAAUAGAAUCUCAGCCAUUGUAUCAACAACGCCGCGUGAUCACAAAUGAAGAUAUCAGCAUUGUGGACAACACUCACUUCCCCACCCCAACCAUUCGAUCGGUUUUGUGCUGUCAUAAGCGCAGGCACAUGCACUCGAUUAAAUCCAUUGCACAUUGUUUUGUGCUUCUAAGGGUGUUAGAUCUACAAAAAUGUCAAUUGCAUGAUUCUGCAGAGGGGUUAGCAUUACUAGUCCACUUAAGGUACCUUGCAAUUUGGUUUUCACCCGAAUUCCCAAACUCAGUAUGCAAAUUAUGGAGCCUUCAAACCCUCAUUCUUAAAACAUCUUCUUUAAAAAAUAUGCAUUUACCUCGUAACAUAACAGAUUUGGUAAAUCUGAGGCAUUUGUGGAGUAACGUCGUGCUUUCUCUUCCUUAUAUUGGAAAACCAAUGAAUUUGCAAUCCGUUUCGUAUGUGUUGUUCAAUGAUGGGGUAGAUAAUUUUCCGAAAUGUUUUCCCAGCAUCAAGAAGCUAGCAUUGGGUUGUUUCAAGGAUGACGAAUAUCACUUUGAAUUACUCCCUUACCUUGAAACCUUGGAGUUACACGGGUCGAGCUUGCAACAGAAUCACAUUUCAUUCCCUGCAACUUUGAAAAAACUUACACUUGUAUAUUGUUUACUACCAUGGAGCAAUGUUUCAAUCAUUCAAUCAUUACCUAACCUGGAGGUUCUCAAACUAAAAGACUAUGCGUUUGUGGGAAGACAAUGGGAUGCAAGCGAGCAGCAGUUUCGGCAACUAAAACUCUUGACGCUUGAGAGGUUAGAUAUCAAACACUGGGAAGCCUCUAGUACAAGCUUCCCAUGUCUUAAACAAUUAUCAUUGUUGAAAUGCAAAAAUCUGGAAGAGAUCCCUCUUGAAAUAGGGGAGAUCGCAACGCUUGAGCAUAUUGAAACUGACAGCUGGAGCAACUCCGUUGUGGAAUCUGUCAAAAGAAUKCAACAAGAACAACACGAUAUGGGAAACUAUGAGCUGAAGAUCACUGUUGAUAGAAUGGAGUUAUCCUUUUAUUUAUCUCAGCAUGAGGAUUCAGAGUCAGAAUGAAAAUUCGUUGAGUUCAUGUUCACUCUCAACUCUCAACUGUCGUUUGCUCUCGU